AUGGCCGAGGAAAUCGACGACAACGACUUCUACCGUAAGAACUUCAGCGCUGGACGUGGCCAUGGACGUCCAAUAAGCCAUAACUGUGGUCUUCGUAAUCUACAAAUCAAGGAGGACAUUUUGAUGGAGGUGAGGCGCUGCCAUCUGCUCAGAUGCUUCUACUGCCAACGCCUGGGUGCCAACAUUGGAUGCUGCCGCAAGAGGUGCCGCCGCACUUUCCACACCAAGUGCGGCUACGACAACCUGACGGUUAGCCAGUUUAGCGGCCGCUAUAACUCCAACUAUUGUCACAAGCACAUACCCAAGUACCGCAUCCGGCUGGGCACCGCGGGACAUUGCGUGAUCUGCUUUGAGUCGGUGGUGGCCAAGGGCCACCAAGGGUCAGUCGCCGUGCUGUCGGAACGGCUGGUACCAUCGCCAGUGCCUUCAGAAGUACGCCAAUUCGGUGGACUACUUCUUCAAGUGCCCGCUGUGCAACGAAAAGGAGAACUGGAGCUGGAGCCUAAUGCCUUUGCGGAUCUAAUGCAGCGAGCGGAGUACUGCAUCUUGCCCGAUUGCCGCAUACGGCCUUCAGCUACUAGCGCUGCUGACCUGCUCUACUGCAUUCUGUGCGGCUCCAAUCCGAUGCACACGCACUGCACCUUCGAAACGGCAUCAACGUACCGCUGUGACGAUUGCAUUGUUAUAAAGCCCAGCGUUGCCUCGGGCUCUGAUGAAAGCGAUUCGGAGGUUGAUGUCUUUGAUCGACUGGCAGAGCUUUUACAGCGGCAACGGAUUCGCUCACCAGCAGCUGCGGCCGAUCUGAUUAAUGACACCGCCAGAAUCAAUUUGGCCGCCCGUCGCGCCCUCACGACAGCGGGAACCUCCGAUCGCCUCCCGAAGAUGCACCCCUUCGGGUGA